ACCAAAAUGGCGAAGGGUUGUAGCAAAGUGGUCUGUGUUUGAGGCCAGUGUAAGAACGCUCACUCUACCCCUCCCCAACCCUCGUCCCUAGGACCUCGGUUUGUGCGUGUGUAUGUGCGGGGUGCCCGGUGGGGCGGGUGCCUAGUAAGUGCUCGGACUCGCAAGGGAAGCGCCCACGGGGUCGUGAUUGGCUGUUUUUUCCUGUAUGAAGCGGUUGGCACCGCUGAAGUGACCGAAUGAGAGACUCUACAGGGGCAGGUAAUUCACUGGUCCACAAGCGGUCUCCUUUACGUCGAAACGAAAAGACCCCAACAUCCUUGACCAAGCUGUCUUUACAGGAUGGACAUAAAGUCAAAAAGCCAGCAUGUAAAUUUGAAGAGGGUCAGGAUGUCCUAGCUAGAUGGUCAGAUGGCUUGUUUUAUCUUGGAACUAUCAAAAAGAUAAACAUAUUGAAACAGAGCUGCUUCAUCAUAUUUGAAGACAGUUCUAAAUCCUGGGUUCUCUGGAAGGACAUUCAAACAGGAGCCACUGCAAGUGGGGAAAUGGUCUGUACAAUAUGUCAAGAAGAGUAUUCAGAAGCUCCCAAUGAAAUGGUUAUAUGUGAUAAGUGUGGCCAAGGAUAUCAUCAGUUGUGUCACACACCUCAUAUUGAUUCCACUGUGAUUGAUUCAGAUGAAAAAUGGCUCUGUCGACAGUGUGUUUUUGCAACAACAACAAAGAGGGGUGGUGCGCUUAAGAAAGGACCAAAUGCCAAAGCAUUGCAAGUCAUGAAGCAGACAUUACCCUACAGUGUGGCAGACCUUGAAUGGGAUGCAGGUCAUAAGACCAACGUCCAGCAGUGUUACUGCUACUGUGGAGGCCCUGGAGACUGGUAUUUAAAGAUGGUACAGUGCUGCAAAUGUAAACAGUGGUUUCAUGAAGCUUGUGUGCAAUGCUUUCAAAAGCCAAUGCUAUUUGGAGACAGGUUUUAUACAUUUAUUUGCUCUGUCGGCAAUUCUGGACCAGAAUACCUCAAACGUCUACCAUUACAAUGGGUAGAUAUAGCACACCUAUGCCUUUACAACCUAAGUGUUAUUCACAAGAAGAAAUACUUUGAUUCUGAACUUGAGCUUAUGACCAUUAAUGAAAACUGGGAUAGAUUGCACCCUGGAGAGCUGGCAGACACACCAAAAUCUGAAAGAUAUGAGCAUGUUCUGGAGGCAUUAAAUGAUUACAAGACCAUGUUUAUGUCUGGGAAAGAAAUAAAGAAGAAGAAGCAUUUGUUUGGGUUGCGAAUUCGUGUUCCUCCUGUGCCACUAAAUGUGGCUUUCAAAGCAGAGAAAGAACCUGAAGGAACCUCCCAUGAAUUUAAAAUUAAAGGCAGAAAGGCAUCCAAACCUAUAUCUGAAUCAAGGUUUGGAAGAAGUGAAAUAAAUGAAGGAGAUGACUAG